UCAGUGGGGAGACAUGAGAGUGGCCGGCUAGGACAGUGAAAAUUCCACAACGAGACGUUUCGAGGGGGCAGGCAGCAAGAUCUGCAUUCUCAAGUUGAAAGCGCAUGUUUCGGUUCUGGGUCGCAAACCUACAGCCAACAAGGAUAUCCUAUCCAAGGAGCUGCCUUGUGAAGGCUGGGGGUACGGGACGAGCUACACAGAUGGGAAAGACAGGAGAAGAGACAGGGGUCGAUGGUAGCAUGGUGUCUAUCGCUGACUACUACGCAGGCAAGAAUGUGCUGAUCACUGGCGCCACGGGCUUCAUGGGCAAGGUGCUGGUGGAGAAACUGCUGCGGUCCUGUCCAGAGGUCCAAACCCUCUACCUCCUGGUCAGAGCCAAGGCUGGACAGUCCAUGCAGGAACGGGUCAGCGACAUGAUGAAGUGCAAGCUGUUUGACCGCGUGAGGGAGGACAACCCAGACUUCCACCAGAAGAUAGUUCCUAUCAGCAGUGAGUUGACACAGCCUGCCCUGGCCAUCAGUCCUGAGGACGUAGAGAGACUGACCUCCUGCGUCAACAUCAUCUUCCACUGUGCUGCCACCAUCCGCUUCGACGAACCCCUCAAACACGCCCUGCAGCUGAAUGUGAUGGCCACGCAGCAGCUCCUGAAUCUGGCCCAGCAGAUGCACCACCUCCAGGCCUUCAUCCACAUCUCCACAGCCUACGCCAACUGCAACCGCAGGCACAUCGACGAGAUCAUCUACCCACCGCCUGUAGAACCCAAGAAGCUCAUCGACUCCCUGGAGUGGAUGGAGGACAGCAUCGUCCGUGAUAUCACGCCGCGCCUCAUCGGGGACCGCCCCAACACCUACACCUACACCAAAGCCCUGGCAGAGUGCGUGGUUCAGAAGGAGAGCAGCAAGCUCAGCAUCGGCAUCAUCAGACCCUCCAUAGUGGGAGCCAGCUGGCAGGAGCCUUUCCCUGGUUGGAUCGACAACUUCAAUGGACCAAGCGGAGUCUUCAUCGCCGCGGGGAAGGGCAUCCUGCGCACCAUGAGAGCCAACAAUGAUGCGGUGGCGGACCUCAUCCCCGUGGACAUGGUCAUCAACCUGACCCUGGCCGCUGGCUGGUACACGGCAGUGCACAGACCCAAAGCAGCGCUGGUUUACAACUGCACUACAGGUGGCAUCAACCCUUUCCACUGGGGAGAGAUUGAGCACCAUGUGAUGUCCAGCUUCAAGAGGAACCCUCUGGAGCAGGCUUUCAGAAGGCCCAACGCCAACAUCACCUCCAACUACCUGAUGAACCAGUAUUGGAUCCUGGUCAGCCACAAGUUCCCUGCCCUCAUCUACGACCUCUACCUGAGACUGUCUGGACAGAAGCCCCAGAUGAUGCGUAUCUUCAACCGGCUGCACAAGGCCAUCGGCCUGCUGGAGUACUUCAGCAGUCAGGACUGGGAGUGGAACUCCGAGAACAUGAACAUGCUGAUGAGCCACCUCAGCCCCGAGGACAGGAAGACAUUCAACUUUGACGUGCGUCAGCUGAACUGGCCAGAGUACAUAGAGAACUACUGCAUCGGCACCAAGAAGUACGUUCUGAAUGAAGACAUGUCCGACAUCCCUGCAGCCAGGCAACACCUCAGGAAGCUGAGGAACAUCCGCUACACAUUCAACACUCUACUGCUGGUCUUCAUCUGGAGGGUGUUCAUCGCCCGCUCUCAGAUGGCUAGAAACAUCUGGUACUUUGUGGUCAGCCUCUGCUUCAAGUUCCUCUCCUACUUCAGGGCCUCCAGCACACUCACCAACUGAUGACCAACUGACCGUUGACCAGCUGAACGCCCUGCUCGCCUCCUCAACCAGACCUCACCCCUCAGACCUCCAGCAGCACCCAACCCCACUCCUCAACCAGACCCCACUCCUCAGACCUCCAGCAGCACCCAACCAGACCACACCCCUCAGACCUCCAGCAGCACCCAACCCCCACUCCUCAACCAGACCACACCCCUCAGACCUCCAGCAGCACCCAACCCCCACUCCUCAACCAGACCACACCCCUCAGACCUCCAGCAGCACCCAACCCCCACUCCUCAACCAGACCUCACCCCUCAGACCUCCAGCGGCACACAACCCCACUCCUCAACCAGACCUCACCCCUCAGACCUCCAGCGGCACACAACCCCCACUCCUCAACCAGACCUCACCCCUCAAACCUCCAGCGGCACACAACCCCACUCCUCAACCAGACCUCACCCCUCAGACCUCCAGCGGCACACAACCCCACUCCUCAACCAGACCUCACCCCUCAGACCUCCAGCGGCACACAACCCCCACUCCUCAACCAGACCUCACCCCUCAGACCUCCAGCGGCACACAACCCCACUCCUCAACCAGACCUCACCCCUCAGACCUCCAGCGGCACAUAACCCCACUCCUCAACCAGACCUCACCCCUCAGACCUCCAGCGGCACACAACCCCACUCCUCAACCAGACCACACCCCUCAGACCUCCAGCAGCACACAACCCCACUCCUCAACCAGACACGGUUCCUUCUGACCCUGUUGUACGUCAUACAGUAAAACCCCUAUGUAAGUGUUAUUUCUUUUCUAACUACGGCUUUUCUUAAAGCGACAGAUUACAUAUGCAACAAUAAACCCAUUGUAUACUCUC